GAGCGGCGGCGGCGGCGGCGGCAGCGGCGGCGGCGGCACUGGCAUUGUGCGCGCACCAGCAGCCCGGCCCGGGAGGAGCAGGACGCGCCGGGGCCGCCUCCUCCCGCACGGACCCAUGAACCAGCCGGGCGGCGCGGCGGCUCCGCAGGCUGACGGAGCCAGUGCAGCCGGAAGAAAAAGCACUGCAAGCAGGGAGCGCUUGAAGCGCAGCCAGAAGAGUGCCAAGGUGGAGGGCCCAGAGCCUGUGCCUGCCGAGGCCUCGCUGAGUGCCGAGCAGGGGACGAUGACGGAGGUGAAGGUGAAGACUGAGCUGCCUGAUGACUACAUCCAGGAAGUGAUCUGGCAGGGCGAGGCCAAGGAGGAUAAGAAGGCUGUCAGUAAGGAUGGCACCGGCGAUGUGCCUGCUGAGAUCUGCGUGGUGAUCGGCGGCGUCCGCAACCAGCAGACCCUCGAUGGAAAAGCGCCCGAAAGCAGCCCUCACGGUGGAUCUGUGCGAAGCCGGUAUUCAGGGACCUGGAUUUUUGACCAAGCAUUGAGAUAUGCAUCUGGGUCCUAUGAAUGUGGGAUCUGUGGGAAGAAGUACAAGUAUUACAACUGUUUCCAGACCCACGUACGGGCACACCGCGACACCGAAGCCACCUCAGGGGAGGGAGCCUCCCAAAGCAACAACUUCAGGUACACAUGUGACAUCUGUGGGAAGAAGUACAAGUAUUACAGCUGUUUCCAAGAGCACCGGGACCUGCACGCUGUGGAUGUGUUCAGUGUGGAAGGGGCCCCCGAGAAUCGAGCAGACCCCUUCGAUCAAGGUGUUGUGGCCACUGAUGAGGUGAAGGAAGAGCCCCCGGAACCUUUCCAGAAAAUUGGUCCAAAAACUGGCAAUUACACCUGUGAGUUUUGUGGGAAGCAGUACAAGUACUACACGCCCUACCAGGAGCAUGUGGCCUUACACGCCCCCAUCAGUACUGCCCCCGGGUGGGAGCCGCCGGACGAUCCAGACACGGGCUCUGAGUGCUCACAUCCAGAGGUCACUCCAUCUCCACGCUUCGUGGCAGCGAAGACCCAGACGAACCAGUCAGGGAAAAAAGCUCCUGCCUCGGUGGUCCGAUGCGCCACGCUCUUACACCGAACUCCUCCAGCCACCCAAACCCAGACGUUCCGCACUCCAAAUUCGGGAUCUCCAGCGAGCAAGGCUACCGCAGCAGAAAGCGCUUUCAGUCGGAGAGUGGAAGGCAAAGCACAAAACCACUUUGAGGAGACCAACAGCAGUUCACAGAACUCCAGUGAAACUGCAAGUCCCCUGAUUUCCAAUCCUUUCCCUCUCCUGCAGAAGCCCUACACCUGUGGCGCCUGUGGGAUCCAGUUCCAGUUCUACAACAACCUGCUGGAGCACAUGCAGUCUCAUGCAGCUGACAAUGAAAACAACAUCACCUCCAACCAGUCCCGCUCACCACCUGCUGUUGUGGAAGAGAAGUGGAAACCUCAGGGCCAGAGGAACAGUGCCAACAACACCACGACUAGUGGUUUAACACCCAACAGCAUGAUCCCUGAGAAGGAGCGGCAAAACAUCGCAGAGCGCCUACUGCGGGUCAUGUGCGCUGACCUGGGUGCAUUGAGUGUGGUCAGCGGGAAGGAGUUCCUCAAGUUCGCCCAGACCUUGGUAGACAGUGGUGCCCGCUACGGGGCCUUCUCAGUCACUGAGAUCUUGGGCAACUUCAACACGCUGGCACUAAAGCACCUGCCACGCAUGUACAACCAGGUGAAGGUGAAGGUGACGUGUGCCUUGGGCAGCAAUGCCUGCCUGGGCAUCGGUGUCACCUGCCACUCUCAGAGUGUUGGGCCCGACUCCUGCUACAUCCUCACAGCCUACCAGGCUGAGGGGAACCACAUCAAGAGCUAUGUGCUGGGCGUAAAGGGUGCGGACAUUCGGGACAGUGGCGACCUGGUACACCACUGGGUGCAAAACGUGCUGUCAGAGUUCGUGAUGUCGGAGAUCAGGACAGUGUACGUGACAGAUUGCCGGGUAAGCGCGUCCGCCUUCUCCAAGGCUGGCAUGUGCCUUCGCUGCUCAGCCUGUGCCUUGAACUCAGUGGUGCAGAGUGUGCUGAGCAAGCGGACACUGCAAGCCCGCAGCAUGCACGAGGUCAUCGAGCUGCUAAACGUGUGUGAGGACCUGGCGGGCUCUACAGGCCUCGCCAAGGAGACCUUUGGGUCUCUGGAGGAGACGUCACCACCGCCCUGCUGGAACUCAGUGACGGACUCACUGCUGUUGGUGCAUGAGCGCUAUGAGCAGAUCUGUGAAUUCUACAGCCGAGCCAAGAAGAUGAACCUCAUCCAGAGCCUCAACAAGCACCUGCUCAGCAACCUGGCCGCCAUCCUCACACCUGUGAAGCAGGCUGUCAUCGAGCUGAGCAAUGAGAGCCAGCCCACACUGCAGCUGGUCUUGCCUACCUAUGUCCGGCUGGAGAAGCUGUUUACAGCCAAGGCCAAUGACGCGGGCACUGUCAGCAAGUUGUGCCACCUCUUCCUGGAGGCGCUCAAGGAGAACUUCAAGGUGCACCCAGCCCACAAGGUGGCCAUGAUCCUGGACCCGCAGCAGAAGCUUCGGCCUGUGCCACCCUACCAGCACGAGGAGAUCAUCGGCAAGGUCUGUGAGCUCAUCAAUGAGGUGAAAGAGUCCUGGGCUGAAGAGGCUGAGUUUGAGCCCGCUGCCAAGAAGCCACGCUCCACCGCCGGGGAGCACCCCACGGCUCAAGAGGACGAUCGCCUGGGGAAGAACGAAGUGUAUGACUACCUGCAGGAGCCCCUUUUCCAGGCCACCCCAGAUCUUUUCCAGUACUGGUCCUGCGUGACCCAAAAGCACACAAAACUCGCCAAGCUUGCCUUCUGGCUCCUGGCAGUUCCUGCCGUGGGGGCAAGAAGUGGCUGUGUAAAUAUGUGUGAACAAGCACUUCUCAUCAAAAGGAGGCGACUGCUCAGUCCAGAAGACAUGAACAAACUCAUGUUUCUGAAAUCCAACAUGCUUUAAAGCUUUACUUUGGGAAAGCAGAUCAACAAAACAAAAGGAGAACAUUGGAAAAACACAACACUGUCACAAACAAAGAAAAGGAAUUUAAGUUCUAAACACUGUGGACCUCAUUCUAAAUGCCCCCUGGAAACUUAAGUGCUUUUUUUCAGUGUGUGUGUACUUGUGUGUCCACACCCACAUGUGUGCACGCACCUGAACGUGCGUGCCCUGGGUGUGGAGGCUUUGUGCUUAUCUGUGCAGCCAGAAAAGUUUCCACAUACGUGCACUCACACGCGACCCUGGUGCAUGUGCACACGCCUGCACGAAGGCGUGUGUGCAUUGGACUGGGCGUGUCAGGAAAGCCAAGUGACUGGGAAAGAGGGAGAAGUUUCACCUUUUCUCGGGAAGGGGCUCUAAAGACUCCGUUUUUCAGGUAUGCAGAUUGGGAGAAACAUUAACAUGUUCAGGCAGCUGCGAUCUGAAGUGACUUGAUGUUCCCUGUCCUCUACCCCUGCCGCCCCCCACCCUCCUUCCCCCCAACCCCUACGGUGCCCGCCCCCUGCCCCAGCUGCUCUGCCGUGGAUUCUCCAGACUGCAUCCAAUGGACAGUUUCUGCACUGGACUUUGUUUCUCGUUCACCUUCAGGGCAUUGAGCUGUUGCCUCUGUGAUCACCCUUGGGUAUCCCAGGCAGCCGCCUUAGAAACACACCUAUCUAUCUCCCCAAAUCAGGAAAAGAGACAAGAAUAUAAAGCCGACAUUUUGCUUUUUAAUAUAAGAGAGGGAAAAAAAAAGAGACAUUUUUCAGAGAAGUAUAGAUAACUGUCUCCACUCAAUGUUUUUCCUGACAUUUUGGCAGUUUUUACCUUUUUGGGGUUCAUUUUAUUUUUUCAGAUUUGCGUUAGACUCUGCUAGGAGGCACUGAAUGUGUAUAACUUAUGUUUUGGAGUGUGUGGGUUUUUACUUGCCCUUUUUGUUCCUCAAGUCACACUGUAAACUAGCUCAUCUCAGUGGUAUAUUCAGUAUCCUAAGGUUUUUAUCAGCCUCCCCCAUACAGUCCGGUUUUCCUGUUCUCAGAUGGACAAGAUGUGUGCUGUCUGGAGACCAAGGGAGGGGGCGGGAUUGCGGGUUCCUCAGAUGUGGGGUUUGGUGGAAGCCAUAUGGGCAGCACGUGGGGUUCUCGGAAUGUAAGCAGAAGAGCCGUGUUCUGGUUCGCUGUGUCUGGUACUGUGAGCAUCUGGCUUCUGUUCCCAGAGUGCUUUCCGCUCCUCACCACAUCCCCCACCCCCAAGGCUCCUGAGUUGAUCCAUAUUCACAGCCACCCCCCACCACCAUCCAGUCCCUCCUCCCUCCCCAGGGUUCAUCCAGGCAGUCUUCAGCCCUCAGGGGUCCCUAGAGGCACCUCCAAUGGCCAGCCAGGAUGGCAGUUGAGUUUGGUGCCUUGUGGGCUGAAUAGUUGAUGUUCUGAUGGUGACACCCUCCACUCAAUGCUGUGACAGGGGUCUUUAGGCCCCUCUCCUGAUCCCCCAGCCAGGAGCAACUGAGGUUCUGCUGAGAAGAACACAUUCUCUCCAAGAGAGAAAGAUCACCUCUCCACCCUACCCCGCCCUUGAGUGAAUGAAGAGCUGGUGGUCCCCUGUCCCUCAGGUGUCUGUGGCUGUGGGAUAGGGAUUGCUGUGAUUCAGGCUGAGAAUGACCACCAUUGUUGGCGCUCUUUGCGAAGGCAUCUUCUGCCAUCCUGGGGGUUGGCUAAGUGGACCCCCCACACACCCAGUAAUAAAGCAUUACUCAACUGUGAGAUACCUCGAUUACAAAAAGCACUGUACCAUAGCCCUCUCUCCUGGGGCCCUGGCAGGAUGGGAGUAAACUUGGUUUAAAACUCAAGAAGGCUUAAGCAUCGUGAUCAUGGACCCAGAACACUGUUUUUGGAGGCCAAGCCUGUACACUUCACCUCAUGAAACUAACCCAGCUCUUCCUGCAGCAUUGGACAUUAUGAAAUGGAUCAGAGUGGGCCAUUUCCACAACUGCUUCAGCAAGCCAUGCUCCCAAGGAACCGAAGACCGGCUCCUCUCCUGGAAAAGAAGUUCUAGGUAUUUCUUCUGUAUUUCCAACUCUUACUACCACCAGCUAGAAGAGCCUCCAUCCACAGUGGAGCUGGAACAGGGAGAAUCCAGACAGGAACCAAAUAUUGCUUCCUAAAGAAUAUGAAACAUUGGCAGAUUUUCUGAUCAGACCUUUGGACAUUCUGGAAGGUGGGUUCUGGGUUGCUGAUGAUUGACAGAUGCUUCUUAUCAAUUGUGCUUGACUGCUAGAUGGGACGAUCACAGUGUGGCACUUUCAGCCACACGGGAAGGACAGGAGCUGCCGAUUUAGGUUAUCAGUAAAAGCAGAGCUAGUUUUGCUGGCCAGGGUAUUACUGAACCAUUGAAUUGCAAAACCAGCAGCAGUGCCAAGAUACACAGAGCACUCAGCAGUCUCCUCUUGUGUGAGAUACUUGUGCUCCAGAAUGAAAACGAGUGAAUCAUACCUACCGGAAGUAUUAGGAAUUAGGUUGUCACCUCCAGUAAUCCAGUUCUUUUGCAGCUGAGUUCAGUACUUCGGCUUAGCUUGCCUCUGCAGGUUAGCUGUAAAUGCUGUUAGGUUCACAAAAAGCUGUCUUGGGAGCUGCCUUGUCCACAAUGCUAACACAGUGGAAGGCAGUCAUUUCUCUCUUAGCACCUGUGGUUCCCCAGAAACUGGUGUCACCAACUGGAAAGGCUGUAUCAGGUGCCCCCUCAGCCUGCCUUCUCUCAUAGGCUCUUCCCACGGUGCAAAUCCUGCUGUGACAGGCAGCUUAACAAAAUCCAAAGAUCUCACAGGUCAGCUACCUGCCCCAUUUUUUCCAGCAAUAUCCACCUUACCAAAUUUCCAGCUCAUCCAAAGGACUGAGACCGGCUCUUCCAGUUCAUCUCCUGGUGCCUGGCUUAGUCUUACCCUUCAGAAGGAUUUUGUCAUCUGACACACAAUUCUGUGACUACCAUAGAUCUCUCUACCACAGGCCUUUGCGAGCUGGCAGACUAGGAAGUUGGGCUAUUUCCGUCUUAGCUUUGCAAGUAAAGGUGGUUGCCUGCUGACUUGGGAGACAGCUCGCCUCAAGCCAUGUGAUUCCCAGGACAGAAUCAGCCUCUGUUUUGACAUCCACAACCCAAGAGGAAAUAUGCUUCUUUCUGCUCAGCAGGGCUUUUCCCUCUCUGUGGUCACCAACAGAGCACAAGCUAAGAACUGCAGCCUCUUGAAUGAUCCCUCAGAUUUUCAUUAACCCAGGGCUCUCAGGUCUACCAGGAAGAUGCUGUAUCCUGAUUGUGGAUGGAUGCACGCAUCCCAGCACAGUUCCCCAUGCUUAGGUCAGGUCCCCCUCUGGUGGCAUUUAGAAGCCAGGAACUAGUGCCACCCGAGUAAACUGUCUUCAUUCCUGUGGGUUCCCAGCACAGAACGCCACCUACCGCAUCACAAGUUAGGACAUAUCCCCACAUAUUCCACUCGAUGGCUUCAUGCUUGGCAUCAGGAAGAAUGCACCAAGGUUUCAUGGCAAGGAGAGAAGGGCAGCCAGUGGCAUGGAUGGGAAGUCACGGAUCUCCAGAAGCCCAGGAAGGAAUUUUGGCACCAGCCAUUUGGCCUGCUGAGAGCCCUCACUUUGACCUGUUCUCUCUCGCACUUUCUAGAAACACCGAAGAGUUCUGCAAGGCAUUUUCCACUGUGAAGCCAAAACCUCUACCUUUAAGGAGUUCCGUGCUAACACUUGCUUCCCCUGGGCUUGGGUUUGACUCCUUGAAGAGGGCACCUGGAGAGAUGUCAGAAGUGUGGCAUGUCCUGUCUAGGGCCACAGGGUAACCAGGUUUGCAGUGAAGCCAGAACAAAGAUGGAAAUCAAAAGCCUGUGCUCAGCAAGGUAGACCUUACUGUUGUCUUGCUGUGCUUGAAGAGGAGUGGCCAAGGGCAUAAUGGUAGGUGGCCUCCUUGACCCUAUCAUAAGCUGCACCAAAUUCCGAGAUUCGCCCUGGCCUUGGGAGCAUGGCAAGGACACUGUCUCUGGGAUGUAUCAGAGGACUCCUGGAAAGGCCGUAGUUCCGACGGCACCAAGAAACCACUUGAGGCUCAGGCUGUGCCCUGCAGACAGAAGCUGGGGGCUCUGGGCCCUGCCCGGCCGGCCGACCCCUUGCUGGCGGUGGGCGAUCCGGGAAGGAGCCGCCCUUCACUGUGGCUAAUGUUGCUAGGCCAGUUAUGGUGAACCAAUGAAAACAGUGUUUUCCCUCUUUCCUUUCCCUGCAGGCCUCCCCUUUGCAGGGUUCCCAGAGGGGGGGCGGAUUUUGUUCUUAUUUUCUUCCUCUCUUGGGUCUAAAGAUCGUGGUCGGGAGAGCCGUGGCUUCUGCCCAAGGAGACUUGUGGUUUCUGAAUGAGAAGGCACCUGCUCCCGCUGGAAGCAGGGAGCAGCUCUUGGUCACUGUCUGCCACCUUCAGGCCCCGCCCCCUCCAGCUGCUGUAAGAGGACUUGCCCGUCUGCAUCCGGGCAUUAGCAUCACAGCCCAGCAGGGUCCUGCCCACCCAAGCGUGCCCCUGGGCAUCUUGACUCUUCGAACCAAAGUUCCUUAAAGGGGCGCAGCCCAGCCUUGUCCGCAACCUCAGGGGCCUGGGGUUUCUGUGGCACCACCUGAAAUCCCGGUUGGCACAGGCCAUGGGGUCUGAGACCCGCCGGAAGGAAGGGCUCCACGUCUCUGCCUAGGACCUCCGGCUGCCCAGCCAGGGUGGGUGGCUGCCCAAGGAGCAAGCGAGCUCCUGGACCGGCAUGGGCUGGGCCUGCCCCGCCAGCCAGGAGCGAGCGGGAGCCCCGCGGCAGGGCCACCCACAGCCCAAGCAUCAGGAAAUCAUUUUGUACAACCACCCGAAGCAGAGAUAUUUUUUAAGAAAUGUAAAUUAUUUUCAGUUUUCUGAUCCUAUCUUUUUCUCCCGCCCCCCCCCCCAACUUCACGUCGGUGAUUCGUUCACAUCAGGUAAAUCUCGAGAACGCCUUGGUGCCCCUGCCCCCCCCCCGCCUUCCCCCCACUCUAACCGCGUGCGUGCACCCCUCGUCCCUUCUCAGUAGUUAAGACAUUCUAGGCAAUACCAUAGGCACAUCUGACUGUGUCUCUCUUUUGAGUGCAAGAAACUCAAGUCAUCUUAAAAAAAAAAAAACAAAAAAAUUUACAAAAAAGCAAACACAAAAAAAUAUCUUUUUUAGGCCAGAGUUUUCUACAGGUAUUAAUGAAUAUUUUUCUUAAUCCUUAUAAGUUUUAUGUGUUUAAUAUUUCUUAAUACCGGUAGCAUUAAUUUAUACUUUUGUAGCAACACAAUAUUUUUAUAAACAGCCAGUGCUUGGCUCAAGUCUUCACGGGGGUUUAUGCAGGGCCAUCUUGGGACCCUGUGUACCAUGUACUGUAUUUAAAAAAAAAUAAAAUAAAAAGUCACCCAGUGUCACACUCGCUGUGUUACAAGAGGUGUUGCUGGCAGUCUCCUUGAUCGCUGGUGUGGAUCCCGCAGUUCACAAGGAGUCACAUUGCAUGGGGGUUGAGUUGGCAGUCCUUAUUGAUACGUGAACCCCCGAGACCAAACUUGAGGGUUUAUUUAGGGUUUUGUGUGUGUCCUUCAGGUUUGCUGUUUCAUUUUGUUUUGGUACCGUUUCUCCAUUUACAGCCAAGUCAGUUUCAUGAUGUUUAAAACUUCUACUGAUGUCAAAUGGAGGAAAGGAUCAGAAAAAAAAAAAAAAACUUACGAAGUAAUAAAAUUUAAAACUGAGCUGUUUAAAUGUUGCUGUUUUUACCUGUCUGUUCUUGUCCACAAGUGGGACAUUCUCUGGGAGGAGAGUUCCACCUGGUUUCUUAAGUCGCCAAAAGCCCCAGCCCAGGAUUCUGUACCCCCGCCCCGGCCCCCUGAAUUCUCGCCACAUUAUUUCCCGGUUGGUUGAUGCCAAGGCAAAAAGACAUCCUUUUAACAGUUAGAGAGGAUCAGUUGCUUAAAUGAGUUCAUGUCAGUGUUGUAUUUAUGGUUUUACAAUAAAAUGACCUUUAGGAA